CCUUUUAGAAUACUUGGACCAUUAUAAUUACACCACCCUUGCCUUCUCCAUUUUCACACACACAAAACACAAACCCAAACACAAAAUACAUAAUUUCAAAUUUUGUAAAUUAAUACAAAGAGAUAAUGGCAGAUCAGCUUACUGAUGAUCAGAUCUCUGAAUUUAAAGAAGCAUUUAGCCUAUUUGACAAAGAUGGAGAUGGUUGCAUCACAACUAAGGAGCUCGGGACCGUGAUGCGGUCAUUGGGGCAGAACCCAACUGAGGCUGAGCUUCAAGACAUGAUCAACGAAGUUGAUGCUGAUGGUAAUGGGACCAUUGACUUCCCUGAGUUCCUUAACCUGAUGGCUCGCAAGAUGAAGGACACUGAUUCCGAGGAGGAGCUUAAGGAAGCUUUUAGAGUGUUUGACAAGGACCAGAAUGGAUUUAUCUCUGCUGCUGAGCUUCGCCAUGUCAUGACAAACCUAGGUGAGAAGCUUACAGACGAAGAGGUCGAUGAGAUGAUUCGUGAAGCUGACGUGGAUGGUGAUGGACAGAUCAACUAUGACGAGUUCGUCAAGGUCAUGAUGGCCAAGAGGAGAAGAAGAGUAGAAGGAAGUAAAAGAGUCAACGGAAGGAAAAAACUAAAAUGCACAAUCCUCUGAUCCAAAACUUGUAUCUCUUAACUAGCUUGUGUUAUAUUUUCUAUUCUACCAAUAAAUCACCGCUUAAUUAUAAUCUUCUUGUUUUAGCUUGUUAUAUAAAGUGUACUAGCCUUCAACAUAGCCUAUUAAUUGCACUUUACUUGCUUUCAUACACAAUGUAGUAGCUCUUGCAGAGAUGGAUUCAGAAUUUUAAAUUUAUAAACAAUAAUUGGAUUUGA